ACACACAUACACAUAUAUUAUAUCUUUCAUAUAUGCCAUAAUACAGAAGCCACGUUCACUUUUUACAUUUAAGCUUAUAGUUUGUGUCUCCUAUAUACUAGCAAAUCAACCCUCAAAAACAUAUAUAUACAAAAAAUUAUAUAUUGAAAUUUAAUAUCUAGUUUCAUUAAUUGAGCUAGAAGAUUGAGUAUGAACAUGUCAACUUCUGAAUGUACUAGUGGAUGUGAAUCGGGUUGGACCAUGUACUUGGACCAAUCCGUAAAUUCGGGAUAUGAUGAGAAAUGUGAGAAAGGAAGUGGUCAUGGUGAUGGAAAAUGGCCAUAUGUGAGUAUGGAGCAGGAUGAGGAGGACGAGGAUGAUUUAUCGAUGGUUUCUGAUGCAUCUUCAGGGCCAAGACAAAAGUUUGAUGAAGAUGAUCAAGAAAAUAUAUAUGUGUUUGAUUAUGCUUCUCAAAGCAAAACGAAUAAGGAGAGGAGCAAAGGACGAUUAAACGAAAAGAAAACAAGUAACGAUGUUGAUGAUACCGCUAGUUCCACUUACAUCUCCAAGGCAAAAUCUGGAUUGUUGAAGAAAGUAUCAUCAGUUGCAAAGAAAUGUGUACCAAAUAAGUCAGGGGAAAUGAGAAAAGGCAGUGACUACUUUGGUGCUCAGGGCUCAAGAGAAUUGGGAUCAGCAAGAAAGAAUUAGGAGUGCAAUAGUGCAUGUGGGGUGAGACAUUAGAUUUCUUAGGAUCUCAAUUGGUUAAUUUGUUUGUUUAUUUAUUUUCUUGUUUUCUGUCUAGGCACUGGGAAACAACCUGAGAACAUAAGUGUAUUUCUGUUUAUUGUUAUCUAUAAGACAGCAUGAAGCUAGCUAGCUUUCUCUGUCUUUUUCUUUA